AUGGAGAAGCGCCUUUCCAAACCGUACUCGUCUUACUGUAGGAGGCAUAUAAGGAGGGUUAUUAAUAACAUAUCAGAAAUUGUUGAAGACAGAUCGAGAGACAGAUCAAAUAAUGAGAGAUCCUUAGGAGCUACUGCCAGUACGACAAGGCUUAACUGCAAUGCUUUUACCGAGGCUUUUGCCAACAAUAGUUCCCAAACCCCGAUACAAACUAAGGCCAGUAUUAUUGAGAAUGCAUCCAUUUUAGCAUCCACUUCUAACAGUGCCUGUAGUCCUUCCAUUCCAUCCUUAGUUACAGAAUAUUUUCCAAAAGUAGUUCCUUGUCAAGGUGAAACUCUAUCAAUUGAUGAUACAUAUCAGGACACCAAUAUUUUACCUCAAACUAAUAGUAAAAAAUUUCUAAAAUCUUUAACUUCAUGGGCUGUAAAAACACAUUUAAGUCAUAAUGCUUUUAAUGAAUUAUUGAAAAUAAUUCGGUUUCAUACUGAAUAUAAAGACAUUCCGCGUGAUUGUCGUACACUUCUCAAAGUCGACCCAACAUUGAAAAAAAGUAUUGUCCAAUUCUCAUCAGGGAAUUAUUAUCAUUUUGGUCUGAAAGAAGGCAUUUUAGAGACAUUGAAAAGGCAGAAUAUUAUUAAUUGUCCAGAAGUGUUGAAAAUAUCAAUAAACAUUGAUGGCAUCCCGUUGACUAAAAGUAGUUUGAGUCAAUUUUGGCCAAUUUUAGGAUUUCUGGAUUCUUUUAAAGAUAGUCAGCCUUUUCCCAUAGGGGUAUUCCAUGGCAAGUCCAAGCCUGAAAAUAUUCAAUGUUUUUUUCAAGCUUUUGUGAAUGAGUUUAAAACAGUUAAACAAAAUGGAAUACAUUUCAAUAACUCGCAGUUUUCAGUCCAAAUUUCAAAAAUAUUAUGUGAUGCUCCUGCUAAAUCAUUUGUUUUAAAUGUAAAAGGCCAUAAUUCUUAUAGUAGCUGCACGAAAUGCCAAGUUGAAGGGGAGUACAUAAACCACAGAAUGUCUUUUUUAAAUGCAGAAGCAAGUUUAAGAACACACACUGAAGUAGCUAACAUGAUUGAUGGGGACUAUAAUAAAGGUCCAACCCCACUUACUGAGCUAAAUAUUGAUUUGGUUAAUGACAUUCCCCUUGAUUAUAUGCAUUUGGUUUGCUUGGGUGUUACAAAACGAUUGCUUAGUUUUUGGGUAUCAGGACACCAAGGCGUACGUUUUUUUAAGGAGGAUUUGGACUUAUUAAAUGACAACUUAGAAUCUUUCAGAAAACAUUGUGUAGUGGAAUUUGCUAGACUGCCUAGGUCUCUAAAGGAAUUGGAUCGAUGGAAAGCAACAGAGUUUAGAAAUUUUUUGUUAUACUAUGGCCCCGCAGCAGUUAAAAAUGUGUUGAAGGAACCCCUAUGGAGUCACUUUCUCUCUUUUCAUGUAGCUAUCAGAAUAUUGGUAUCUCCUGAUCUGGUCAUCAAGCAAGAGUUUUUAAAUUAUGCUGAAGAGUUAAUAAAAUAUUUUGUUUCAAAAUUUGGAGACCUAUAUGGAAGAGAGUAUUUAAAUCAUAAUGUCCAUAAUUUAAUCCACUUAGUUAACGAUUAUGCAGUGACUAGUUUUAAAGAGGGUGGGAUAAGUGUGAUCCCGAAAUGCUGGAUGUUAAACGACCACAUCGCAUACUGGCCAAACAGUGCCAAAAACUUAAGGACACUCAUCAUUAGGGCCAAUGCGCCAAAUUUGGAAUGGCCUACUUACAAAAUUACCAAAAUAUAUGGACUUUAUGAUAUGUAUGAGGACGCCCUUGCCAUGGAGAAGCUUGCUGCUAAAGAAUCCUCUGAGUCAGAGUCUGAGGGCAGGGGCCCAGGGAAAAGGAAAUUCAAGAGGAAACAGCAGUACUCUCCUCCUCCAUCAUUUUCAAACACCACUUCCGAAAGUGAAAUAUCUAGUCCUGGCGAGUUCGAUCAUAACAAAAAUACGGAGUUCAAUACAAUUAUGGAAGAAGCAAUGUCCCACGAAAUGAUAAUGGAACCAGAAGUGAUAACUAUCAAUCCCCUUGAUAUUCAUAUUCAAGAUGAUAAUAUAUUGGAAUUGACAAACAUAAUAGAUGAUUCUGAUAAUCGUGGUGCAGUAACUUCGGGAGCUCGCUCAGGAGUGAUCGAAAUUAUUCCAGAUGGAGGGGCAGAGACUCAGCCAGAGUAUAAUCGUAAUGGUAAUGUUUUAGAGGUGAAGCCACCUAUAACAAAUGAACAAAUUUGGAAGAAACUGGAGGAUAUCGAUAAAACAUUGAAAUUUAUCCUGGUGAGGUUGAGCUCAUUGGAGGCUACAACUUCCUCCAACGUGGACAACACUAACAGCAAAGACCUCGAUUUUACAGGACUCCCCCCAUUACCUUUAAAAACUAUAGGGGAAAUAUUAGAUCUAGAAGAAUUACUAAAAUCUGGAGACUUAAAAAAAAAAAUGGUCAAUAGAAUGCUCCAAGUUUCUGGCAAAUCAGAAACUGAUUUUAUACGAAGAGCACUAGCUGCCACAUUCACUAACCAAGUUGCAUCUUCUUGUUCAUGGACGGGCCAGAAAAAUAAUUUCAGAAUUAAAGAUUGUGUUGUGAUGUUAGUGUUAAAAGGAGCAGUUCAGAAGACAUUCAAAAUUACUGAUAAGCAGUUUGAGGUGACGGCCAUGGAUUGGUUCCGUCACGCUAAUCAAAGAUUGAAACGCGAGGCUUAGUGAUUUGAAAAUACAUUUUUUUGAGUUUUUGAAAUAAGAUUUUUAUUUUUUAUUAUGGUUGGCUAUUUUAAAGUUUUUGAAAUUAUUAUUUUUUUUUAUUAUUGUUGGCUAUUUUGAAAGUUUUUGAAAUUAUGUUUUUAUUUUUUAUUAUUGUUGGCUAUUUUGAAGUUUUUGAAAUGUUUUU